CAAGUAAAAAAAGAUCUUAUAAGUAUUCAUGAAUAUUGACAUAAAAAAAAACAGUUUGAAUUCAUUUGUUGCUACUGAUAAUAAAAUCUGAAAGUUUAAACUUUUUUAGUAUACUUUUAUUUUUCAGCUUAUACAAAUAGCAGACAGUCAUUUAUUGACAAGAACAAAUUGUCAAGAUUUUUCAAGAUUUUAUUAUUCACUCAAAACACAAUACAAUUGUUAAUAUGAGGUUGAUUUUUAUCAUUUGCAUAAAGUAUGUCAAGGGACUCCAAAAAGCUUAGAACAGAAAGUCACCUACGACAGAUUCUUGGAUUAAGGGACAUUACCUACAUUGAAAUGGGAGAUAAUUUAGAAACAGUUGACAAGAAAAAGGAAAUGAAAAUAUUUUUUGUGGAUUUAACUUAUUUUUCAAGUACUGCACAAUUUUUGAUACUGUGUUCAGCGACAUUUUUCUUUUAUCUCAUCUAUGGAUAUUUUCAGGAAUUAAUAUUCAGACUUGAGGAGUUUCGCCCACAUGGCUGGUAUCUGACGCUUGUACAGUUUUUUUGUUAUACUUGUUUUGGUCUCAUAGAAAUGGUUGCUACGGGAGAUCGUUCAAGAAAGAUUCCUUUGAAAAUGUAUUGUUUACUAGCAUUUCUGACUGUAGCUACAAUGGGUCUUUCCAACACGUCAGUUGGAUAUCUCAACUACCCUACCCAGGUUAUAUUUAAGUGUUGUAAACUUAUACCAGUUAUGAUUGGUGGUGUUUUGAUUCAAGGAAAGAAAUACUCACCGUUAGAUGUAACAGCCAUGUUGAUGAUGGUUGUUGGUUUAAUACUAUUUACGUUGGCUGAUAACAGUGUCUCUCCAUCCUUUAAUACUUAUGGUGUAAUACUAAUAACUCUAGCCCUAUGUGCUGAUGGACUUAUUGGAAAUUUUCAAGAAAAAACACUAAAGCAAUAUUCUGCAGGAAAUUCAGAAAUGGUAUUUUACUCCUAUUCACUGGGAUUGUUGUAUAUAUUUAUUGGUAUCCUAUUACUUGGUGAUUUUGUCUCUGCAUUCAAAGUGUGUCAAGAGUACCCCAUGCAGACAUAUGGCUAUGGUCUGAUAUUUUCUCUUUCUGGAUAUAUAGGGUUAUAUAUUGUGCUUACUCUAGUCAAAUCAUUUGGUGCUCUGAUAGCAGUCACAGUGACCACAUGCCGGAAGGCUGUUACCAUUAUUUUAUCUUUCCUGUUUUUUACAAAGCCAUUUACAUAUCAGUAUGUAUGGUCAGGACUUAUAGUUGUGCUUGGAAUAUACCUAAAUGUCUAUAGUAAGAACAAGGCAUCAUGGGAUAUCACUUUAACACAGUGGUAUUGGUGUAUACGACAGAAACUCGGCUUACAGAGAAAUUAUCCCAUCACCAGUAUAACCAGCACUAUUGUGUAACAUGUAGUAUACAUGUACAUAAAGGUUACCUCAAGUUGGUUUUACCUUACAAAUUUUGACCGUAUAGACAUAAUUUGUGAAGAAACAAUUUUUUUAGUGAAUUUUAAGUAUUUCUAUUUUAUUGAGGGAAAAUUUGCAUAACUAAGCAAAUGGAUUAUGUAUUUUUUUAGAAAUUUUAAAGUUCUGUUGUAUUACAUUGAGAUUAUAUUUUUUGAGGCUUAUUUAGCCUAAAAAGUGCAAAUAUAUUUUUUGUUAUUUUAAGUUUUGAUGUCUCGUUAUAGUUUCUAAAAUGUUACUUAAUGUUCAUAGAGCUGAGCCAUCCUUUGUGUCUUUUACAUUUGGGCAAUUAAUACAGUUAUAAUGAUUUAGUAUUUUGCAUGGAAGUCAAAAUACUACUAUAUAUAUAUUUUGCUAAUUUUAUCACACAAGUUUCACAUUUAGUUCUAUCUUUUCAGGUGAUAAGCAUCUUACAUGUUUUAAUUCCACAUUUUUAAUGUUAAUAAUUAAGUGUUUUCAUAAUGGCCUUGUUAUUGGGCUGAAGAAUGUCAAAUAAGCAAGAGGCCAAAGGCGGAAACACAUGGUUUGCUAUUUCUACAGAAAUUAAAAUGUUCUGAGGCUUAAUGUGCCUUUAAAGACACAACAGAUGGCUUAGCUGUCAUGAAAAGAUGAAUGCAACUGUGAUAUUAAUGUACACUAUUGUAUUUGUGAACCAGUCUGGUUACUUUGUAAAAUUUGUAGAAAAUAUUAAAAUGGUUAAGCAUUUGUUACUCGAUAAAUAAGUUAUUAUACAAUCCAAAUGUAAUAUAGUAUGGUUAUAAUUUGUAUUGGUCAAAGUUUAGGAUUUACUUUCAGAUAGAUGUAGAUUAGAAAAAAGGGCAAGGGAAUAUAUGGUGUUAUUUUCUUCACAUUUUUCACAUAAUAUACUGGUAGUUAUUGUGCAGAUUUUAGACUGUACAAUAAAGCUUUUAGAAAAGUAAAAAAGUUUUGAGAAUUAUGCAAAGGUUAUUAUGUAAAACUAAAUUGUUAACUACAGCAUUAAAAGUUUAAACAGAACUAAAGGUAACAUGAACAAAAUAUAUGUAUCAGUGGAAGAAAAAGGUGUUUACUCAGGGUCCUAAUAAUAUUACUUAAAGUGACAUUAUAAUGCUCAUAUUUUCAUAGUCAAGUUGGGCUGAAUUGACUUUUUAUUUCAAAAGAUUGACUGUUACAAUGGUGUUUGACCAAUAGUUUAUUUUGGAAAAUAUUUAGGAUAAAAUUUAAAAUCUGCCUAAAAUAUAAAAAAGACUGCCCCACUCUUUUUAUAAACUUACUGUUUCAGAUAAGAUCUAAGUAUAGGUUAGAGUGCAUAUUGAGUGUUCUUCGUAAAUAAGAAAGCUAAAAAGGAGCGGAGCUUGCGAAGCGACUGUAGCUUUCUUAUUUUCGAGGAACAUCCAAUAUGCACUCUAACCGGCUUAGUGCUCCGCCCACUUGCGUUUUAUAAUAUAAAACGUCCAGUUUAUAUAAAAUCUGUUCUAUUAAGAUUUGUAACCUGAAAAUUUGAAAAAUCCUUGUCGGUGAUUGGCUUAAAAAAAUUGGCGAGCACUAAUUGAUAUUUACAGACAUUCUGUUUCAUCUGGGGAUUAUUUAUUGUUUAUGUGAAGUAAAUUAUUAAAUUUAAAGGAAUAAUGGCAAUAUAAAAACUUAUUUUUACUUUCACCUGUUCACUCACUGUAUACCCUUGAAUGGGCAUAGUGUCACUUUAAUAAUGUUAAAAUACUAACACAAAAUGCAUGUGGUAAAAAUUUAAAAAAAAAAACUUUGCCAAAACACAUCACUAUCUUUAGCACUUAACAUGUCAUCAUUAUGGUGAGCACUUAACACAUCAUCAUUGUCCUGAGUGUUCAACACCUUAUCACCAUUUUGAGCGCUUUUCACGUCAUCACUAUCAUGAAUACAUAACACAUCAUCAUCGUCCUAAUUAACACACCAUCACUAUCAUGAACACGUAACAUAACAUCAUCCUAAUUAUUUAACAUGCCAUCACUAUCAUGAACACAACAUCAUUGUCCAGAGUAUCAAACGCGUAGAUAUUCAGAGACUUUAUCACAUCUUAUCAUGAUGACCACUAAUGACAUUAUCAUCAGCUGAGCAACGCCAUGUCAUCAUUUUAUAUUCAUAUUUUAUUGAUCCACAACUUCCAACACUUCAACAACGAAUCUCUUUUUGUUUUAUGAUUGUUCUGAACUGAAUAGUCCUAAAUUUUGUGUGAAAUAUUAACAUAACUAAUCUAUAUCUAUGAUAGAGACAUUCUGUGUAACAAUUUUAUAGAGAUUCCACCAAACGUUUACAGAAGCAACAUAAUUUAACUUCAGUGAGAAUAAAAAAAGGAUUGAAGCACCACACUUAAUACCAUAUUGCGGUAUAUACGAGACAAGGGGCUUGAAUGAUUAAAUGCUAAUAAAGUCUUGCCUUUGCACCCAACGAAAUGAACUUUAAAGCAUCUUAUCAAUCUCUUCACACCAAUUUAUGUAUGAUAAUGAAUGAAAUAUGUAAGAAUUACCGAAAAAAUAUCAAUAUUUGUCUAUUUUGUGAUCAUGAUUUCUGCAAGUGUCUACUGAAGAGGUAUUGCUCCAAUCCUGUAUUGAGUUUUAUCAAUUUUACUUAGUAUUUAUGAAUGUUAUAAAAAUAAUGCGUUAGAUUAACUUUAUUUGGUUAUACACUUUAAGAGAUUAAAACUUGUUAUCACAUGUAUUGAUUUUAAAAAUAGUCUUGAAUUAGCAUGGAAUAUAUUAUUUAAAAAAAAACCUAAUUGACUAAGAUGAAAAUGAUAGAUGGCCUUUAUUAAGAUCCUUAAUAAAUUAAAAACUUCACUUUCAAUUGAUAUUGAGUAAUUCUCUUCAUGACAAUUUUAAUAUAUGUUUUUGCAUAUUACAUAUACUUAUAUAAUUAAUGAAAAUUGAAAUGCAAACUGAAACUACUUUAUAUUGUAGCUGUUGUUGGUAUUAUUAUUUUUAAUUAUGCGCAAUACGUAAAUUUAUAAUUACUAUGAUUAAUUUAAUACUAGCGUCAGUCGGAUAAUUGAAUGAAAAUAUAUUAGCUUAAUAUUAAAGUAGAUAUUUGUUGAAUUUUUGUUUGUACAAAAUAAAUUUCAAAUUUUGUAUAGAUCUACAAGUACAUUUGUAUUUUUAUUUUAUUUUUUUUAAAUCGUUGUUAUUCUUUGUCUUUGUUAUACAUGUAGUUAAAUCAGAAGGCGGUACUGAAAAUUAGUUUACAUGUUCUCUUUUUUGUGUAAACAUUGUUGCCUUCUCUAAAUAAAGAUUUUAUUAUUAUUAUAUAUAAAUUAGUUUUGUACAUAUGUUUUAACUUAUGAUAUGAACAAUAAUAGAAUGUAUAGUGUAAUAUGAUGGUUUGAUUAUAAGAAUAUGAUGUAUGUAAGAUAUAUAAUGUUGGGUUUAAGGGUGAUGACCCUGACCAUCUCGUACCCUUUACGGAGGCGAAUAAACGAGGGUAUCCAAUUGGGGCCUGAAACUUGAAAAAUAAAGUGUUAUUCUAAAUCAA